GUACCAUGGAAAAAAACGAAAACUCUUCCUGGUUAUCUUCAUCAAACAUAAACAUGCUUGAGAAACAUAUUCUCUGUGACGUCACACUUUCUGCUGGGAAUGGUAAUCAACCAAUCCAAUGUCAUAAAUGCAUCCUCGCGAGUCGCAGUCCUGUUUUUGAAGCCAUGUUCUGUGGGCCGCUUGCCGAAUCCAAACAGGUUAUCGAGAUGCCAGAUAUAGAGGAAUCGGUUCUGAGCUGCUUUGUCAGGUAUAUGUAUAGUGGUAUGGUUGAUCUCACCAACAACACAGUUAUGCACAUUUUGUAUGCGGCGAAAAAGUAUGAUGUGCCUGAUUUACAGUCCAAGUGCAGAUCAUUCUUGUCCAAAAUCAUGUCUACCAAAAAUAUUAGCAUCACACUUAAUCAGGCAAUAGAUUUUGACGAUUCGAUUCUGCAAACUAUGUGCUUGGAUUUCAUUGUGAAACAGUCAGAUGGAGUUUUGAAAUCGGAUUCAUUUGUCGAAAUGUCUCGAUCGGCGCUAAAGGCAGUUUUAAUGUGCGAUACCUUUGGUGUCAGCGAGGAUCAACUUUUCCUUGCAUGCAAGCGAUGGGCCCAACACGCAUGCGAGUCUGCUGGUCGGGAAGUGACGGAUGAGAACUUGCGCCAAACUCUUGGGGAAGACCUUGUCAACCUUAUCAGAUUUCCUGCUAUGCCUAUGAAGGAGUUCUCUGAAUAUGUUGCUACUGGCACAUUUCUUAGUCAGACGGAAACUUUAAAUGAGUUUCGUUCCAUAGCUGAACUUAAUAUUCAGAGAAUAGUGAGAAAAAGUCAUGGUUGGAUGUCCUAUUUGGAGAAGCACUUCCAGAUCUCUGGUAAGUGGGAUAGUGUGAGCACCAAUCAGAGUCGCAUACGCGGGAAUGUGAGAAACGAGAACAUGUCGCCUAGCUGA